UGUCCCAGGCUGGGCAGACCUGAUCAGUUGGUCUGCAGAGACAGCAGGUGGACUCCCUAGAUAGAUCAGGGCCGGGGCGCUGCUGGCCUGCUUGACCUGGACCCCCACCUCCUAGACAUGGUGCCAGGCCCCCUCAAUCCCCGGACCCAUGGCCCUGUGGGGGUAUAGACAGCCUAAACGCUGCCACCCCAGGCCUGUGCCAUGCCCCUGACUCGGGCACAGCCAGCCCCUGGCUCUGAGGACGUGGAGAUGGUGCCCCCAGCUGUCGACCUGGUGCUGGGCGCCUCAGCCUGCUGCUUGGCCUGUGUCUUCACCAACCCCCUGGAAGUGGUGAAGACAAGGCUGCAGCUGCAGGGGGAGCUGCAGGCCCGGGGUACCUACCCCCGUCCCUACCGGGGCUUUGUGGCCUCUGUCGCCGCUGUGGCCCGUGCAGAUGGCCUGUGGGGCCUGCAGAAGGGGCUGGCCGCCGGCCUCCUCUACCAGGGCCUCAUGAACGGCGUCCGCUUCUACUGCUACAGCCUGGCCUGCCACACUGGCCUCACCCAGCAGCCAGGUGGCACUGUGAUCGCAGGCGCCGUCGCGGGGGCACUGGGAGCCUUCGUGGGGAGUCCUGCUUACCUGGUCAAGACGCAGCAGCAGGCCCAGACGGUGGCCGCGAUGGCCGUGGGACACCAGCACCACCACCGGAGUGUCCUGGGUGCCUUGGAGACCAUCUGGCGGCAGCAGGGCCUGAUGGGACUGUGGCGGGGCGUGGGUGGGGCUGUGCCCCGAGUCAUGGUGGGCUCAGCCGCCCAGCUGGCCACCUUCGCCUCUGCCAAGGCCUGGGUGCAGGAGCGACAGUGGCUCCCAGAGGACAGCUGGCUGGUGGCCCUGGCGGGGGGCAUGAUCAGCAGCAUUGCCGUGGUUGCCGUCAUGGCCCCCUUCGACGUGGUCAGCACGCGGCUGUACAACCAGCCAGUAGACGGAGCCGGCAGGGGCCGGCUCUACAGGGGCCUCGCCGAUUGCUUGGUGAAGAUCUGGCGGCAGGAGGGGCCCCUGGCGCUCUACAAGGGCCUGGGCCCUGUCUACCUGCGCCUGGGCCCCCACACCAUCCUCAGCAUGCUCUUCUGGGACGAGCUCCGGAAACUGGCCCGGCGGGCUCAGCACCAGGGCACCUAGGCGGCAUCCCACGUCCUGCAUCCUCACCCAGCCUGCCGUUGACCAGCGGAGACCCCUGCUCCACCAGGACGACUAUCCCAGAGUAGGCCACAGGCCCAGGGCCUGCCACAGGCCCAGGGCAUCCAGUCCAAAUUAACACUCACUCUGUUCUCCAGAAAGUCCUCUGAUAACUGCCAUGGGCAUGAGUGUCACCAGAGCUGAGGGACUUCUUUGUGUCAGCUCACGAUGUCCGCAAGCAGUGUGGGGCAGUUCAAUCCUUUUAGUAAGGAAGCUGAGGCCAAGAGAGGUGACACGGCUGUGACCAAAGCCACGCCACUCUGAAGGGCAGAGCCAGGGCUGGAACGUACCUCUGGUUGCCCUUGAGAAGAGCCACCGAGCCAGGACCGGGGCUGGAGUUGCCUUCGGGGAUGGCUGUGCAUGUGGGGAGCCCCCCAGCUGCUCCAUGGGUGUGGUGGCAGUCCCACCACUCAUGUCCUCAUGUUCCCGAGGCUGUCUGACCAAGGCACUCUCCCUGUGCCCUCCCUGGCCUCCCCCUGUGUGUGCCUGCUCCUCACCUCUUCUCAUGAGGACCCCAGUCAUCUGGAUUUGGGCCACCCUCGUGACCUAUUGUGACCUCAUCGCCCCCCAAAAGGCCUGCUCUCCUUACACAGUCACAUGCUGAGGCGCUGGGCUUAGGGACUCAGCCUGAGAAUUUGGGGGGAUAGUUUAGCCCAGAAUGUCAUCUGAGGGCUUUGACUGAGGCCUCCUGCCCAGGUGCCCAACGUGCGCAUGACAUGUCCCCUUACUGACGAGGAGACGGGGUCCCAGCAAGUCCAGGCCACGGUCCUACGGAGCAGAGCCAGUAGUGGGCCUGGCAGGUGCCCCUGGGCCCUCUCUCGCCCGGCGUGUUCCCUGACUCCCUGGGAUGACCAGGCCAGGGUCAAGCAGCCACGCCUACGUUCCCGGUCAUACCCUGUGCCUGUUAGAGCUAUUCCCCAGAGUCACCCGUCCCCAUAGACACUCCACACCAAUAAAGUUUUCUAUUUUGUUUA